AUGAAAUAUUUAUUACUUGCAGUUGUUAUUCUUUGUAUCACUUUGGUUCAAGGUCAAACCAAUACACCAUGUACUCCAGAGGUUGGAUAUUCUCCAUGUCCACGUUGUGUUUACAGAACUCAAGAUGCCAGAGAUGAGUGUUAUAUGAGAAUAGCACUUGCAUUUGGUGUUACAUUGAACAGAGAACGUCCAUAUGGUGCAAUCAUUGUUAAUCAUGUUAGCAACAACAUCUCUUGCUAUGGUGUUAAUUCUGGUAAUGAUAACGUCCUCAGUCACGGAGAAAUAGCUGCUUUUAAUAAUUGUACUAAAUUGUACCCAAGUCCAACCGGAAAUGAUCGUACAAAUCCAGGUAUUAACUGGGCAAAUCAUACAUUAUAUACCUCUGCUGAGCCAUGUCCAAUGUGCGCAGCUGCUUCUGUAUGGAGAGGUCUUGGCCGUAUGGUAUAUGGAACAGAUAUUCCAACACUUGCCCGUAUUGGUUCGAAGCAAAUUACCAUUAGAACCAGAGAGAUUUACAGUAACAGUAUCUUGUCUCUCUUUAAGACUGGUGCUCAAGGUGUCCAAGGUUCCAACUAUGUUCCACUAUUGAAAGAGUCUGUUUUGAAAGAAGAAUGUGACAGAGCCUUCUACACUGCUUUUGGUUAUGCAUACCCACCAGUUGGUUACAAAGCCUGUGAAGAUGUCUUUGCUAACGAGUACGGACAAUGUGGUCAUGAUCAUGGUUAUGGUUUCAAUCAAUAA